AUGUUAAGACAAUUACUAGCUCGAACUACUGAUAGUGUCAUUCAAGAAAACCAAUAUAUAUUGGAGAAUGGUUUCAAUACACAAGCUGGUGAAAUUUCUGGAGUUAAUGGAACAUCAAAUAUUACCAAUAAUUCUGGUUAUAUAAUACCAGUGCCCUCAUCUGCUUUUAUAACUAAUAAUGAUUGUUUUCCAUUAAAAGAUAAACAUACUAUAUCAUCUAAUGAAAGUAUAAUUAAUAAUAUUAAUAUUCUACCUAAUCAUUCACAAUCAUUUAUUGAUACUACUACCGGUAAUCAAAAUUUUAAUUAUUAUAAUUCAACAUAUAAUAAUUUUACAACUAAUCAAGACUCAAUAGCUUUAAAUACAAGCCAAAUUUCCAACAAUGAAAACGGGUUUUAUUUUGAUGGAAAUGGUGGUGAAUUUUGUCAAAAUUACCUAUUUAGAAAUGAAAGUAAUAAUAAUAAUAAUUUAAACAAUACUAAUAGUACUAACUUAGGAAUUUCAGAAGGUGAUUGGAAUCAACAAUACAAUUUAUCUUUUGUACCAAUAAAUAAAAAUCAAUCAUUAUAUAAUGGUGAUAAUAAUUUUAAUGAAAUAAAUCAAAAUUAUUAUCAUAGAAAUAUUAGUAUUGAAAAUAAUAAUACAUUAGAAAUUAAUGGACAUUCAAAAAGUAUUGAUGAUAAUAAUUAUCGAAAUUCAGUAACAUCAAUUAGUUCUAUUAAUUCUGUUGGUUCGAUAUGUAGUAAACAAAAUAAUAAACCAUCUCGUAAACCAUCUCGUUCAAUAAGAUCCUCACAAGCAGCAUUCUCAGAAGCUUUCAAAAAAAUGGCACUUCUUCGUCAUAUUAGUAAUAAAUGUGAUAAUGAUUCAAAUUAUUAUUCUAUUGAUGAUGCUGAAAUUGGACCAGUACGUUGUGUAGCAUGUCUUGGAGAAUAUCCUUCUAAAAGAAGUUUAACAGGGCAUAUUGGAAGAAAUGAGAAAUGUAGAGAAAUUAUAGGUAGAAAUUAUUUAGAUCAAUUAUCACAAAAUGGUAAUAAAAAUAUUUUGAUAACUGAUUACUCUAAUGAUGGUAUCAGUCCUGUUUGCCCAUACUGUGAUAGAUUUAUUUCACAUUACAAAGGAAAUAUUAGAAGACAUAUAAAUCAAUGUUUAAAAAAUGAUAAGAAAAAACGUUGUAGAAAAAGUAAAGAAAAUAAAGAAGAAUAUGAUAAUAAUACAAUAAUGAUAAAUAAUAAUUAUGACGAUUUAAGUACAACAAAAUCUAUAGAAUGUCAUAAUAUAUCAAAUAACAAUAAACAAACACCAAGCUUUGAUGAUCCAUUUAUGUGUAAUCUUUGUUCAUUUUUAACAGUUUAUAAAGGAAAUAUGAAAAGACAUUUAAUGGCUUGUCAUAAUUAUAAUGAUGUUAUAUUUCGUACUGGAACAAUUGAUUUAGAACAAUUACAUGCAUCACGACAAGGAAAAACAAUAUCACCAACAUUAUUAAUGAGAUUAACAAAAAAAGGAAAAAAAUGUAACCAAAUUAUUGAUAAUAAUAAUAAACUUUUACCUCAAAAUACUGGUAUUGUUAAUAAUACUGAUUAUCAGACAAAAAAUAAUAUUAAAAAAAAGUUUGAAGAAAAUAAAUUUGUACAAUCAAAUUUUAAUAAUAAUAUUAAUGGAAUAACGAGAAAAUUAUCACCAGGUGCUGAAGCUAGAAUAGAUACAUCUGUACAAACAGUCAUUGAAAAUGGGUUAUCAUAUUAUUCUACCAUUUAA